CUCUCCCUCGGCCUCCAUGUUUGUUUGUUUCUCGGCGCUUGAGAGGAGGACGAGUGGAAUAGAAUAGAAAGUUGGUCAUUUCAGCUUGCAUUUUGCCGUUAAAACUGACCCUAUAUUAAAUGCAGGGUGAAAUAUGUCAAGAACUCCCAAGGAAGGAAAGGAAUCAAAACCGCACCGGGUGCGGUCACACACCAUUAUGGGUCAAGAUGAGGUCGGCUCUGGGAAGAAGUCAUACUGGCCAGAACUUGAGAUAACAGGAAAUAUUCGAAAUAUAAGUCCAGCUGUAUGGUCACUGCAGCACCUGACAUCUCUGUACCUGAAUGACAACUGUCUGUCUCGCAUUCCUGCUGAAAUUGCCCGACUCGAACACCUAAUGUAUCUUGAUUUGUCAUGUAACAAAAUCCGCAGCCUCCCAGCUGAAAUUGGCGAAUUAACGCGUCUCAGAUCUGAAGCUGAUGUCUUUCAACAAUAUUUGAAGAGAGAAAUAUGUAACAUGAGAAUAUACUUCCACUAUCACAUCCCAUCCCUCUCCCCCAACAAAAAAGUUUAAAGAUGAAAAAAAAA